AUGCCUGAAGUUCAUGGUGUCCUUAUCAUCGCCCGCAACGGCGACCGCACCGAGUUCUACCAAGAUCCGUAUACCUACGAGCCCUCCUACACCGAGUCUACGCCUCUCGGCGCUGUAGAAUCCCACCAACUUGGAAGCUAUUUGCGCUCGACAUACCUGAACCCCUCUUCCCCAUCGUACAUUAAGGGCAUCCAUGCUGACCUCGUGCAGAAUGAUCAAUUGGCCGUGCACGCCAAGGCUGGUGGGGAAGGCACUGCGAUCUUUGAUAGUGCCAUAGCCGUCCUGCAAGGCCUCUAUCCGCCAAAUUCGAACAAUGAGAUCGAGCUUGCUAACGGAACGAAGAUCGUUACUCCACUCGGCGGUUACCAGUACGUUCCGGUUGAAAUGGCCCCGAGUGGCGUUGACCGUGCGCUAGAGCCCUGGACUCAGUGCCCUGCAUUCGAGCAGCACAUCAAGGAUGUGUACGCAUCUAAGGGAUUCGAGGAGACUGCGACAUCUGCAGAACGCUUCUUUAGUGUCGUUCGCGACUACGUCUUCGGAAGGCCUACGGAGCUUGAAAACGCUAUCUAUGACUACAUUAACUCGCAACUUACGCACAACCAGACCUAUGCGUACCGUCUUCCACCGACUUACAUCGAGCAGGCCCACGGAUAUGCUAGCUACCACGAAAACGCUAUCUUCUCUGACAAGGAAAUAGGUGGAAUCGGAAACAUUGCUGGCCGUACAAUCCUUCAUCCCAUUCUCCACUCCCUUGAGCGCAUCACCUUUGAUAGCGACCCCCUCAAGUUCCUCCUGCUCGAGACGAGUUACCAGCCAUUCAUCUCGCUAUUCCACAUGAUGGAGAUGGUCAAUGAGCACCCUCAGCUCGCUGCUAUUCCCAACCAUGCAUCCGCCCUUGCCUUUGAGAUUCUUCGUGGACCUCCUCCCGAACUGCGUGAAUUCCUUCGAAUCAAAUUCAAGAACGGAACCAGCGGGGAAUUCGAGACUUAUCCCAUCUUCGGUCACAAAGGAGACAUUGCGGUAACAGAAUUCUUGUAUCGCCUUGAGAACUUUGCUAUCUCGAGCCAGAAACAAUGGGAAUCUGCGUGUGGAGUCCAUAGCGGCUACUUUGGCAUCACGUCUGCUGCCGAGAGCAUGAACGCACUGCUCACUGUCUUCUCAGCAUUCUUGCUCCUCGGCAUGUUUGCUCUGGCGUGGUUCAAGCGUAGGCGUGGAACGUCUGUUCGUGUUCAUGACGUGGUGAGUCGCUCGAAUCCGCGCUGGGCUCGGUUGGCUUACGGAUGGUCUCUAGCUUAUUGUGGGCAACGAGAAAUCGCAACUUUUGCCAUGAGUUUGGGGUGA